AUGCCCGGCAGUUCGAGAAUGCCCGUGAGCUUGCGCAAUAGCUUCACCGUCGCAAAGGGUUCUUCAAGUAGCAGCCAAUUACUGGCUCUGAAUAUUGAUAUGACACUCUAUGGAUUAUUCUUACGAGCACCCGGCGUGCGAUCUCAAGUACAGAAGCAAGUCUCUGAGGCAAUUACGAAGCUGCAAGGGAAGUUGGUACCGACUGGGCCAGGUGUGGUACGAUAUCUGACGCUGCCGAAGGAAGGAUGGUCUGAAGAGACGGUUAUGAAGGAGUUGGAGGUUUUGGCCAAUAUGGAUCAUACCAGAUGGGAGGACGGGUUUGUCUCGGGUGCUGUUUACCAUGGAGGAGAUUCGUUGAUGAAGAUACAAACGGAAGCAUUUGGAAAGUUUACAGUCGCGAAUCCUAUUCAUCCGGAUGUUUUCCCAGGAGUGAGAAAGAUGGAGGCAGAGAUCGUGGCGAUGGUUUUGUCGAUGUUUAAUGCUCCUCCAGGGGCCGCCGGUGUUACGACAAGUGGAGGUACAGAGUCUAUUUUGAUGGCUUGCUUAAGUGCUAGGCAGAAGGCUUAUGCCGAAAGAGGUGUAAAGGAACCAGAAAUGAUUCUCCCAGAAACAGCACAUACAGCCUUCCGCAAAGCAGGUCAAUAUUUCGGUAUCAAAAUUCACCUCGUCGCUUGUCCCGCUCCAUCUUACCAAGUCCAUCUUCCAAGCGUAUCUCGCCUCAUCAACAGCAACACCGUCCUACUCGUUGGCUCUGCUCCAAAUUUCCCUCAUGGGCUUAUGGAUGACAUAACUGGCCUUUCCAGGCUCGCUGCCAAACGCAAGAUCCCGCUCCACGUCGAUUGCUGCCUUGGAUCAUUCCUUGUUCCUUUCCUCGAGAAGGCCGGAUUCGAGACCGAUCUCUUUGACUUCCGUCUUAAGGGUGUUACAAGUAUCAGUUGCGACACUCACAAGUAUGGAUUCGCACCCAAAGGUAACUCGACUGUUCUCUACCGUACCGCAGCCUUGAGAACCUACCAAUACUUCAUCUCUCCUGACUGGUCAGGUGGUGUAUAUGCCUCUCCAUCUAUCGCCGGGUCUCGUCCUGGUGCUCUGAUUGCUGGAUGCUGGGCUUCCCUCAUGAGUGUUGGGGAAACUGGCUACAUCAAUGCCUGUGCCGAGAUCGUCGGAGCUACCAAAAAAAUCAUUGAGGCCAUAAACGAAAACCCCUCUCUCAACGGCGAUCUUCAUAUCCUCGGUAAACCACUUGUUUCCGUUGUAGCCUUUACAUCCAAGACACUCGACAUUUACGAUAUCGCUGAUGCCAUGUCAGCAAAAGGAUGGCACUUGAAUUCGUUACAAAGUCCACCGGCUAUACACGUAGCCGUGACCUUACCAAUUGUCAAGGUGAGAGAGAAGUUGAUCGAAGAUCUGAUAGCCGUCGUCGAAGGAGAGAAGGAGAAGGAGAGAGUUAGGAUUGUGGAAGGUAAAGGAGCGAAGGGAAAGAGUUUGGGAGAUUCAGCAGCCUUGUAUGGAGUUGCGGGCAGUUUACCAAAUAAGAGCGUGGUGGUUGAAUUAGCGAGUGGAUUUUUGGAUACCUUGUACAAAGCUUAA